GUUCAGUCUUCUUUCGAGCGUCGCAGCGUGCACAUCGGGUCUAUCCCCCAAGCCAUCUCCAUUUCGAUACAAUUCGCUUCGAUUCGAUUCGAGCCGACCCGAUCCGAACCGCUAUAGUCUCGCAUUAAUUCGCGUGCGCGAGCUACGAGUUGAUACAAAUAUCGCAAGUGUUUUAAUUGAGGAGAAUCCCAAGCACUCGAGCCAAGAUGACGGUGGAUUUGUCGCCCGUGCAGGAGUACUACAAGGACAAGACGAUCUUCAUCACUGGAGCGUCCGGGUUCAUGGGCAAGGUGCUGCUGGAGAAGCUGCUUUACUCCUGCCACUCGCUCAAGGAGGUGAUCAUCAUCUGCCGCCCGAAACGCGGCAAGGCUCCCGAGACGCGUCUGGAGGAGAUGUUCAAGCUGCCCAUCUUCCAGCGCAUCAAGGACGAGCGUCCGGAGAUGCUCAAGAAGGUGACCAUUUACCAGGGCGACGUUACCUUUGACCAGCUGGGCCUGAGCGGGGAGAGCCUGAAGCACGUGACCGAGAGCACCAACAUCGUGUUCCACAUGGCGGCCACACUCAAGCUGGAGGGCAACCUUCGAGACGCCAUCGACAUGAACUUGCUGGGCACCCGGCGCGCCCUCAACGUGGCCAAGGAGAUGAAGCAGCUAGAGGCCUUCGUCCACCUGUCCACGGCCUUCUGCAACUGCGACCAGGAGGUGAUGUACGAGAAGGUGUACGAGUUCCCGCACAAGCCCGAGGACCUUAUGCGCCUGGCCGAGUGGAUGGACGUGAAGACCCUGGACGCCAUCACACCGGAUCUGCUCAAGCCGCACCCAAACACCUACACCUACUCGAAGCGCCUGGCGGAGCUCCUAGUGCGGGACCACUACGAGUCCAUGCCCGUCAUCAUCGCCCGUCCCAGCAUCGUAACUCCAGCUGUUGCUGAGCCCCUGCCAGGUUGGGUGGACAAUAUGAACGGGCCCACGGGCGUCCUAAUUGGCGCCGGCAAAGGAGUCAUCCGAUCCAUGAUCUGCAAUGGCGAACUCAAGUCUGAAGUCAUACCCGUGGACAUCGCCAUCAACGGCCUGAUAUUGCUGCCGUACCACAACAGUCUCGCAGAAAAGAGACCACUUCAGGUACCAGUCUACAAUCUAACCGUGGACGAUGCUAAAAAACGCACCUGGAAGUGGAUCAUGGAUGUGGGUCGCGAAUUGGGCAUUAAGUACCCCUUUGAAGUUGGGCUCUGGUAUCCCGACGGGAACAUGACCUCCAGCAAAUUCUACCACACCAUUUGCAUCAUCCUGUUUAUGUGGCUGCCAGCAUACCUUAUCGACUUUCUACUCCUGAUCUUCGGACAGCGACGCUUUAUGAUUCGGGUACAAACAAAAAUUGCCGUGGGUCUGGAGGUGCUGCAGUUCUUCACAACGCGAAAUUGGGACUUUAAGUCCACACACUUUGAUCAGAUUUACAAGGAACUAAGUGUAACGGAUCGAAGAACAUUUAAGAUCAACACCAACGAUGUCGACGACUAUGAGUACAUGAAAGUCAGCAUUCUGGGGGGACGUCAGUAUGUGAUGAAGGAACCUUUGACCUCAUUGCCCAAAUCCCGCAUACAAUUAAGAUUCAUGUAUGUCCUGGACCGCAUUUGCAAAACGAUGAUCAUUUCUGGCCUGUUAUACUGGGCUUCUCAAAAACUAGGAAUCCUCGAUUUGGUUCGAAAUGGAGUGCAGUCUAGUAAAUGAGGAUUCGCUUUAUAUGAACACGUUUUUAAUUAUUGUACCUUUAUGUUCACGUGCCCUUGCAAGGUUUAUUUUGUAAAUCAGGUCAAAUAUAUUCAGGUGUUUUGUAUACGUUGACUUGUUUUUGCAAGUCGUGUUAAUUGUAAAAUAAAAUAAAAAAAAACUGCAUUAA